UGGAAAUUACUCUGAAUGAACUCAAUCUCUCUUGGUCGUCGUAGUAAGGAGGUUAACCAACAAGCGGAGGUCAUAACAUUUUCUGUUCUUUUGGCAGGUACCGCAAGGGGCGUGGUUAUCAGCUGCGGCGAUAACACCGUGAUGGGCCGUAUCGCUGGUCUAGCAUCAGGUCUUGAUACUGGAGAGACACCCAUUGCUAAGGAAAUUCACCAUUUUAUCCAUAUUAUCACCGGUGUUGCCGUGUUCCUUGGUGUUACGUUCUUCGUCAUUGCCUUCAUUCUCGGCUAUCACUGGCUUGACGCUGUCAUCUUCCUUAUUGGUAUUAUUGUGGCGAAUGUACCCGAGGGCUUGCUGGCCACUGUGACUGUAUGCCUCACACUGACCGCUAAGCGCAUGGCCUCGAAGAACUGUCUUGUAAAGAACCUGGAAGCCGUCGAGACUCUGGGAUCGACCUCGACUAUCUGCUCGGAUAAAACUGGAACCCUGACUCAGAACAGGAUGACUGUCGCACACAUGUGGUUUGACAACCAGAUCAUCGAGGCUGAUACCACCGAAGACCAAUCUGGUAAGUUA